GUUUUUUUUUUUUUUUUUUUUAACGGCUAAUACGCGUCUUACAGCAUCACCCACUUUAUUUAUAUAAACCAUUUCACACACACUCAAAACACCAACACAAACGCAAAAAACCAAACACAAGUAACAUCAUCAUGGAUACCAUCAAAUCUUUCAAAGGUUACGGCAAAGUAGACCCGGCAGAAGAACAAGCAUUCCGCCGUAAAACCCGCAAACGCAUAAUUAUCCUCACCGUCUCCGUCGUCCUCCUCCUCGCCGUCAUCAUCGGAGCCGUCGCCGGAACCCUCAUUCACAAACGCAACAAAAACAACGACGACUCCACCGUCGGCUCCAACGACUCAGCCCAAUCGCUCAAAGCAGUCUGCAGCCAAACAUUGUACCCAGAAUCCUGCUACAACAGCAUCUCCGAGAUUAAUAAAUCGAACUCUACAGAUCCCGAAGAGCUGCUAAAGCUCUCGUUACAGGUGGUUUUGAAAUCGCUAUCCGACGUGGCAACGUUGCCAGAUAAAUUGAGUUCGAAAACGACCAAUGAGACGGUUAAAAAGGCUUUGGGUGUAUGCGGGACGGUGUUAAACGACGCCGUUGAGUAUCUUCAAGAUUGUUUAUCCGAAAUGGAUGUGAAACCCAAUGAGAAGUUGCUUACACUACCCAAAGUUGAAGACCUGAAAACGUGGUUGAGCACUGCUAUAACAAAUCAAGAAACGUGUAUCGAUGCGUUAGAUGAAAUGAGUCCAAAUUCAACUUUUGUUGAUGACACCAAAUCUCAAAUGAAGAAUUCUACUGAGUACGCUAGUAACAGUUUGGCUAUUGUUUCCAAGAUAGCUGGGAUAUUAAGGAAGUUGAAUAUUAAUUUUCACAGGAAGAUGUUAACGGUAACGGUAACGGAACCGGGUUUUCCGGAAUGGGUGUCUCCGGGUGUACGGAGGUUGUUGCAGGAGGUUAGACCGACGCCUAAUGUGACGGUGGCUGCUGACGGAAGUGGUGAUGUUAGAACGAUUAAAGAGGCGAUGGCGAUGGUAACGAAGAAGAGUAAAUCGGUGUUUAUAAUAUAUAUUAAGGAAGGGGUGUAUAAGGAGAAUGUUGUUUUGGAUAAAUCGUUUUGGAAUGUUAUGAUCUACGGUGAUGGGAAGGCUAAGUCGAUUGUUUCCGGUAACCUGAAUUUCAUCGACGGUACACCGACUUUUUCCACAGCCACUUUUGCUGUUGCUGGAAGAGGGUUUGUAGCAAUGGAUAUGGGAUUCAUAAACACAGCCGGUCCAGAAAAACAUCAAGCAGUGGCUUUCCGGUCCGGUUCGGAUUUUUCGGUUUUCUACAGAUGCUCGUUUGACGCGUAUCAAGACACGCUUUAUCCCCAUUCGAACCGUCAAUUCUAUCGCGAGUGUGAUGUCACUGGAACCAUUGAUUUCAUCUUUGGAAACGCGGCUGUGGUGUUCCAAAACUGCAAGAUCAUGCCGCGCCAGCCUAUGGCAAACCAGUUUGUGACCAUCACGGCUCAGGGAAAGAAAGACCCGAAUCAAAACACGGGUAUUUCGAUCCAAAAAUGUGAUAUUUCAGCAUUUGAUCAGCUUACGGCUCCGACGUACCUUGGUAGGCCGUGGAAGGAAUUUUCAACGACGGUAAUCAUGCAGUCCAACAUUGGAGCGUUUUUGAAACCGCAGGGAUGGAUUUCAUGGGUCAGUGGUGUUGACCCACCUGAGUCGAUUUUCUAUGGCGAGUACAUGAACACUGGUGACGGUGCGAUUGUCGGUCAACGGGUAAAAUGGGCUGGCUAUAGGCCCAGCCUAACUAGCAGCGACGCUAACAGGUUCACUGUGGCGAAUUUCAUUGAAGGCGCAAUGUGGUUACCACAAACGGCGGUGAAGUUUGAGUCGACUUUAUGAUCGUGAAAACGGCAUUGUAUACUCGAGUGUUUCAUGGUUGUUUCUCAUUCUUUUUGUUUUCCUACGAUAUGUUGUAAACUUGUAAUACGACUUAUUCUAACACGGUUACCGUAUUGUAAUACUUAUAUGAUCUUUGUAUCCAGAUUAACCAAAAAAUUAUGAUAACAUUUGUAUUUUGUUUUAA